AUUUAAGUGGUAAUUGAACUUCGUGUCGUGCAAUUUUGGUCAGAAAUCAUGUAAUCAUCCACUGUAUCGAUCAAACCGAUCGGUCGGAAUCUGCUAAGGCCUGGGUCUACAACUGAUUUGGCGGGAAAGAACCAAGAUUUGCAAAAUGGCGACCAACUUGUUCGAAGCAAGUGAAGUUGAACCAUGGAAGGUAACAUUUCAGCUAUACGGAAAGAUGUUAAAACUUAGAGCCGAAAAAGGAAAGGAGGAUAAAGCAAAGAAGCUGUUGGAUCUUGACAACUGGUGAGUGCGCAGGAGGUCUUCGUGAAAUCAUAAUUAUUGUAGUUGGCGAUCCUGGCGAGGAAUCGAACAUUUUCAUGCAGAGGAAGGUACAAUUUUAAAUGGGAUAGGUUGAAUGUAGGUUAAGCACGGUUCAAGAUCCUCCUUUGCUGUAAACGUGUUUUUAUACAUUAAAUACGUUUUGUGAUGGUUAAGCUUACAUGUAUGUAAAAUUCCCUUUAGCUCACUUCCUCUCUGCUUGAAUCCCACAAUAGUGGGAUUAUGAACCUGAUAAUUUAAACAUUGUACUGUUUAAGUUUAUGGUAAAUUUUGGAAUAUGUUUUUGUUUAGUUCAUAACAAGCCACAGUUUUUAAUGGCACUUUGAAAUGUACACAUGCAGGUUUCAAAACCAGUUACCUCAAGAAAUAAACAAGAGAUCAGAAAAAUAUAUAACACUGGAAGAACUCACAAAGCUUAUGGAGUGGAAAUUAACAGUAAGCUAUUCUUAAAACUGCUAUUAAAAAAGGAUGGUUCAGUUAUGAGAGACGACUUAGUUCUGUCUAGUAUUGCUGAAGGGAAUCUGAAGUGCGGACAUGCUUAUCAAUUUUGGAUCACAUUCCAAACCUCCACCCCCAAGUUUUAUUUUUUAUUGUUGGCUUCCAGUCUACUGCUGUAAACUGUACAUUGUCACAUUCUCAAGAAUCAAAGGACAUUUCAAAAAAUACAACUAUUUCUGAACAGGAAAACCAAUUUUAUCUCCAGUUGAAUUGAUUUUCCUACUCUAAUGAAAAAAAAAGGAAAAAACAAAAACAGAAUAAAGCAAAACAAAUAAACAGAACAAAAAAAAAACCAAGAUUGUUUCCUCUAUGUGAGACGUAGGCAACUGUGUUAGAAACCAGGAGAAUCAUUUUACAUUUGAAAGAUUCAUGUACAUAUAGAUAAUCUGGGAAAGUUGAGAGAUGUAGAGAUCUUGAUAUAAUUGGGGUGCUUUUGAAAUCCUACAGGGUUUAGUGUCUGCCAGCUUAUGUGUAAAACCCUUCUUAAUAUUUUAUAUGAGAUUGUCACUUAGUCAACAAUGAAUGUACAGAUUCAUUUUAGUCAUAUGAAGUCAUAUUGAUCAAAGAAUAUUAAGUAAGCUAUUGUUCUUUUACAGCGUGGGAAGUUCAGGCCCCGCCUGACUCAGCUUGUACAGACAAACACCAGUGAAGCUGUCAAGGAGGUGACAUGCAAUGCUUUCAAGUGUUUACCUGAUGUGAAAUUGGCCAUCACAGAACUAACAACAUUGAAAGCUGUUGGACCAGCAACAGCUUCAGGUCAGUGAAAACAGGGCUUCUUAGGCACCUUAGCAACAUGUGUUUAUUGAUGACAAUAUGUUGAAUAUAUCGUAAAGUGCCUUUUUGAAGAUCAAGAACUAUUGAGGUGAAGAAAACAUUCAUCCAAGCAAGUUUGGUCAAUAAAUAAAUUACAUUCUUGAAAAGGAAAUUAAAAAAGCUCAUCCAGGAUGUCUUUGUUUUGACUUUAUUCAAGAUUUAUCUGUUGCUUUUAAACCUGCCAGAAAACUGGUCAUUCUUCUUGUGAAACACAACUGUAGAAUUUAAACAAAGUAAGCCAGCUUUGGAAUAGUAAUGUCAAAUGGUCAUGAACCAACCAGAACUCCAUCUUGCCUGUCCAGAGAGUCAGCCAUACAAUAGUAAAAGUAUCAUCUGACCAAUUAACUGGUGAAUUUUCACUAGUCACUGUUUUGGUUUUACCUCGUUUUGAUUUUUCUCUUAUGUUUCUCUGUCUAACCAUAAAAGAUAUUAUGUGUAGCUUAAUCAAAUUGUUGCCUAAUUGUAUGCGCAGGUUUAAUCUGGCUUUAAUGAAAGUUAACUUAUUUCAUGAAAAAGUUCAGGUAUAGUGAGUACUGUCAUUGGUUGAAAGAGCAUGUUCCAUCAGAGUAUAAAACACACAGCCAAGCUAAAGCUGUCACCCAAUGUGCCAAUUAAUACUAUGUCUGACCAAUUACUUGGCCUUCUCUAUAGUGUUUCUUUGUAAAUUGAAAGUGAAAUUUCAGAGCAAGUGAGUGGGCAAGUAGCAACACAAAACCAAAUAAAGGCUUGUAAACAUGCCAAGCACUGUAAUUAAUGUUACUGUAAUGUGAACAGAGAUGAAAAUCCUCUACAAGGAUACAAAAUGGACUGUACAAGUUUUGGAGGUUUUCAUGCUUAGUUAGAUUGUAAGCUUACAUACAGUUAUAAAACUCAAACACAGCUAACACUCAUGUAGUAUAUAAUGAAAAAUUUAACCAAGCUGGCACAACUGUCGCAAUUCAUAUAAAUCAUGAUGGUGUCAGAGAUCAUGCAGAGGUCCAUCGUGGCUAGCUUAUCAUGGUAAUCUAUGAUCAUCACAGUGAAGUAAGUGUCAGAAAUUACAUCAACCAUCCUUAGAGUAAACAGCUAAGAGCUUGCUCUGAUAUCCUUUCCAAUGUGUUGAGUGGAAGGCUACAUUAAUCACUGCAGCCGAGUUUUAUGGUGUUGUCAUCCUGAGCAAUCUUCAUGUUUCUGUGAAUUCUGGUUUCAUUCAUUCAUUCAUAAAGCAUAUGCCUUGAGAAAUUUGUUUCCUAAUUGUUUCCUAAUUUUGGCAGGAUUUCACUGAACAUUUAACUUUCAGAUUCUGUACUAGAGACUGGAAAAACUUUAAGCAAAAGUGUUGAAUUCAACCUGCCAAACUAUUUCAGUUUGUGAACUAUUGCAAAUUGUGAACUUUGAUUUUUGAAAUUCAACCAAUCAGACUAUAUGAACCAUUCUGACAAGGAUUCUGAUUGGCUUAUUGUUUUAUGAGUGUAGAUCAUGCUGGCAACAUUUCUGUUUGCUUUGAAAAGAAAAACUUGUUUUGAAAGUAGUAAGUAAUGCAUGGGGAAUUUGAAGGAUUCUUUACUAUAAAACAAGUAAAGAAGCCCUGACUGUGCUCUUUCUGUUGUAAAGCACUUACACAAGGUGAAGGGAGCCACUCCCUGUGUGCUUUACAACAGAACUGAGCACAGUCAAGGCUUCUUUAUUUGUUAAAUAUUUCUUUAACUUGUAGUUAACUACAUGUAAUUCAUAUGUCUUAACCUGUGUGUAACAUUUCUCUCUACACUGUUUAUCAUACAAGGAGAAAAAAAAAUCAUAUGAAUAUUUUGGAAUGUUGAUUUUAACUUUUUUCAUAAUUAAUGUAUCUAGCAAUCUUAUGUGCUGGUUGUCACCAAGUACCAUUCAUGGCAGAUGAAGCAAUUCAAGCCAUACCAGGCUUUGGAAAAAUUGAUUACACACUCAAGUUCUAUCUCCAAUAUCUUGACAAAAUAAGAAGUUGCCUUAAAAACUUAUUGAAAAAGGGUAAGUACACCUGGUACUUCAAGUCACUAACUGCAGCUUACCGUAUAGUGAAACACUAAAUAACCCACAGACAUUUAUGCUUAAUUAUGAUGUUUAUAAGUUGUGGCUUACAUCCCAAACAACCUUAUAAUGAUUAUUAGAAUCACAGGCUUCUUUUCCCAGAUUGGCACAACAACAGUAGAUCAUUAAAACAGUUACAGUGUCACUACUUAAGCCUUAAUUUAAUUCUUCUUAUGGAACAAGGUUGGCAAAAAGUGGGCAAAUGGCCUAGAGUUAGAGUUAGGUUUUUGGUCCUAUUUUCUGCCUGGGGAUAGAGCGGUAAGUAGUCAGGGAUUUGCAUCAGGUUUGCAUUCUUUCAAGGAAGCAAUGAUACUUACUACCAAAAGAAGCAAAAGCCAAGGUUAUGAAGCAGUAUUGACAAAAUAACUUUUUCUUUUGUCAGACCCCAAAGGAGAGUGGAAUGAACAUAAGAUUGAGCUGUGCCUUUGGACUCAUGUUGUGGGACAAAGGUAUGCCCCUGAAAUGUUCAACAACAGAACUUUGACAAAAAGAAAAAGGACCACAACCAAUGAUGAAAGUCAGGAGACACCCAAGAAAAAGAAGGUCAAAGAAAAAGUGCUCAAACAUUCAAAGGCAACAUAGAGGAUGAUAACCACUUAUACCUGGUGAAACUUCAUCAUGCACCACACUUAAGGGAAGGCCCAGGAACAUGCAACAACAUAGGUGUAUAACACACCACGAAAACUGAAUCUGUAAAGCAGAAGUUUUAAUAUAAGCCAGAUAGUGGCAAUCUACUUCCCCCCCUACAUGAUCCAUUACUGCCUUCUGUUCAGCCUGCUAGGAGGCUCUUGUGUUUGGAUAUGUCCUUGCAGUGGUCACUUAUGGGAAAAGUUAUCUAAAACCUAAGGUUGUUUACUUCAUCAUCCAGGUAUAGCCAAACUGGGCACACUUGUUUUUAAAAUUCUUUUUCCUAUUUUGUUUUUUAUGAUUAUUAUUAUUAUUUGACACCAUAGAUCUUCCAUGUGGCUGAUUUCCAUUGUGUGAUAGCAUGUUUCCCUUGCAAUAUUAAAUUAUAACUGCAGACAAUCAGCCAAGAAUACUACUGACAUGAAUUGUGUCAUCCAAAACAGACCAAUAAUAAAUUGACAAUAUUGGGACACAACUAGAAUAGGUUGCAGGCAUUGACAUUAAAAAUCUUAAACGUUGUCAAUGUUCAAGGAUAAAAGUUGCAAAUGAUUUUGCUCAGACAAAAUACUGAUAAAUAAUUGAGGUAUCACCUUUCAAAAAUUUCUUCACUGAUUUACUUACCUCCAUUAUGUCCAUUUUUAUAUCACUUUUAAUCCUUGCAAUCUGAUUAGCCCUCAGCAUUGUGAUGAUUCUUAAAUCAUAUAAUUUUGCUCUGAAUCAAAUUUUUUUCCCAAGUAAUAAGAGUAGAGCAAUCAAGUGAAACAAUAAAUCAGAUGUCAAGGCCAAUAAACUUGCAGCAAGGAGAAAGACAAAGUAGAGAAAUUCUGCUCUUGAUAAAACCAGCCCAGUACUGGGUAAUUAAAAUAUUCAUGUUGACUAAAAUUGUGUAUCUGGACAAUUAAAUUUCUCAGUUUGAAAAUGGAUGUAAUAAAGCAGUAAAUAAACAACAUGUCAAGU